UUUCUAAACAGGACUCCAACCAGCGAAGACCAAAGUUUAGAGAGAGAAGUUUAUAGAGAGAGAAAGUAUAGAGAGAGAAAGUUCGAGAUCACCGAGCGACGGCAUUAAUGGCGGAACCUCACAUGCUGCGAAAACACAGUGACGACUGCGUGAAGCUCUUCGUCGGUCAAGUUCCUAAACACAUGACGGAGCCACAACUCAUAGCAAUGUUCAAAGAAUUCGCACUUGUCGACGAAGUCAACAUCAUCAAAGACAAAGCAACGCGAGCUUCUCGAGGUUGUUGUUUUGUUAUAUGUCCGAAUAGAGAGGAAGCUGACAAGGCUGUGGAUGCGUUUCAUAAUAAGAAGACUUUGACCGGGGCAUCUAGUCCAUUGCAAGUGAAGUAUGCUGAUGGCGAGUUGGAACGACUGGAACACAAGCUUUUUAUUGGUAUGCUUCCCAAGAAUGUUUCCGAGAGUGAAGUGUCAGCAUUAUUUUCACAAUAUGGAACCCUAAAAGACCUACAAAUUCUCAGAGGUUCUCAACAAACAAGUAAAGGCUGUGCUUUUGUGAAGUACGAGACAAAAGAACAAGCUGUUGCUGCUAUAGAGGGCCUUAAUGGAAAACACAAGAUGGAGGGUUCAACUGUCCCUUUGGUUGUUAAAUGGGCAGACACCGAAAAGGAAAGACAAGCUAGAAAAGCUCAGAAGGCUCAAUCACUGGCUUCUACUUUGGCAAAUGUUGACCCGAGUCAACAUCCGUCUUUAUUUGGAGCACUUCCAAUGGGAUACAUGUCACCAUAUAAUGGUUAUGGGUAUCAGGCUACUGGAACUUAUGGGCUCAUGCAGUAUCGCCUUCCCCCGGUGCAGAAUCAGCCCGCUUUUACCAACCUGAGCCCAACUCAAGCAAAUGCAUUACGAGCAGGCUCUCCAAGAAACUAUGCGGUUCCACCAGCCGGUUAUAUGGGCUCUGCUUAUCCAACCGUUCCCAGGCUUCAAUAUCCUUUGGCGUUUUCUGGCGGAAUCAGGCCUUUUAGUGGCCCGUCUAGCCCAGUACCACCAGAAGCUGCAAAUAACCAUCCCGCAACUUCUUCAACUGUCAGUGGAAGUGUCCCAGACCAUGUCGAAGGUCCACCUGGCGCUAAUCUGUUCAUUUAUCACAUCCCUCAAGAUUUCGGGGAUGAAGAUCUUGCAAAGGCAUUUCAAGGGUUUGGAAGGGUUUUAAGCUCCAAGGUUUUCGUCGAUAAGGCAACUGGUGUUAGCAAGUGCUUCGGGUUUGUUAGUUACGACUCCCCAGCUGCUGCACAAUCUGCAAUAAAUACAAUGAAUGGGUAUCAGUUAGGUGGUAAGAAGUUGAAGGUUCAACUUAAAAGAGACAACAAACAAAAUAAAGCUUACUGAUUUGAUGACGAUGGUAAGCUAGCUAUGGAAGGCUGCAGAACUCUCUAUUUGUAAUUUGCAUAUACGAGUUUCUGCGGUUGAACUGAACUGCUAUGGAGUGGAUCUGGGACCCACUUGUAGCCAAAGCCCUGACACUUGUAAUACUUUGUUUAUUGUGUGCCUUUGUAAUUGUGUAACAUAUUAAUUCAUUUAGUCAUUGACUUCCAAUAUAUUCAUUCUUUUCUCUUAAACAUCUUGUUUAGUUUAGCUUUUCAAAAGUUUAUGUAAAAAUUUAAUUCAGAUUCCUCUA